UCCCUAGCCCCGCCCCCUCCGGGGAUGCGCGACUUCGGGGCGCCGACCCGAAGUGUUUGGCCUUGACCGGAGGGCCGGGGAGCUCUCCUCGUGGAGCCAACGGGAGAAAAGAGCGGGUGCCUCCUAUCUGUCCCUUAGCCACCUCAUGCAGACCUCUGUCUGGCCCCCCCGGGGCGGCGCCCCGAGCGAUAGGACUCGGGCUCCUAGGCCGGACGAGGAGCCCCCCGAAGCCUCCAGUCUCCUGCAGGUCUCCAGUGAGACUCUGUGGCUGAGCCGGCCUCUGAAUUUCAAAGGGGCAUCCCGGCGGGGCCCCGUGAUGUACGUCCGGGAGGAGAGCGAGCUCCGGGUGCAAAGCCUGGCCGCGACCCACGAACCCGCUAGCCCAGUGGUGAGCAGCGCCCGGGGCUGCCUGAGCCGCCAGGGGAGCAGCUCCUCCGACGGGGCGCCAGACCCCGGCCGGCAAGUGAGCCGCCUGCCGUGCGCCCUGGCUGGAAACUGGACUCCGGAGCCCCGACGGCUGCAGAUCUCUGUGACCUCCUCCGUGAUCCGGGGCUCAGAGAGGCAACCAGAAGUGACCCCACCGCAGCCUCUGGCCCAGACUGAGAACAAGCGGGUCACCCCGAAGCUCCCUCCCUUGGCCUUGACCCAAGACAAACGAGUCACUUCGAUGCCUUCUCUCCUGGGGGAGACCGAAGACGAGCGGGUCACUUCGAUGCCCUCUCUCCUGCCCCGAAGCGGGGACGAGCGGGUCACAUCGACGCCCUCUCUCCUGAUCCAGACCCGGGACGAGCGGGUCACUUCGAUGCCCUCUCUCCUGCCCCGAAGCGGGGACGAGAGGGUCACAUCGACGCCCUCUCUCCUGAUCCGGACCCGGGACGAGCGGGUCACUUCGAUGCCCUCUCUCUUGGCCCGAACCGGGGACGAGCGGGUCACUUCAAUGCCCUCUCUCCCGGUCCGGACAGGGGACGAGCGCGCCACAUCGUCGCCCCUUCCCCAGACCAGAACAGAUGACAAACCAAUCAAAGUGUUGGACAUGAAGAAGAACUUUGAGACGCCCGCAGCGCGCCCACCAUCUGCACCCUUAGCCCGGAAAGACACCAUGAGGCGAGUGGUACGACAGAGCAAGUUCAGACACGUUUUUGGCCAGGCUGUGAAAAAUGACCAAUGCUAUGAUGACAUCCGGGUCUCCCGAGUCACCUGGGAUAGCUCCUUUUGUGCGGUCAACCCUCGAUUUGUUGCCAUCAUCGUAGAAGCGAGCGGGGGCGGGGCAUUCCUCGUGCUGCCCUUGCACAAGACUGGUAGAAUCGACAAAUCCUACCCAACAGUAUGUGGCCACACGGGACCCGUGCUCGACAUCGACUGGUGUCCACACAACGACCAGGUCAUUGCCAGCGGCUCGGAGGACUGCACAGUGAUGGUGUGGCAGAUCCCAGAAAAUGGACUCACCCUCUCCCUGACCGAACCCGUGGUGAUUCUGGAAGGCCAUUCCAAGCGGGUUGGCAUAGUGGCUUGGCAUCCAACCGCACGCAAUGUUCUGCUCAGCGCAGGUUGUGAUAACGCCGUCAUCAUCUGGAACGUGGGGACGGGGGAAGCCCUCAUAAACCUGGAUGACAUGCACUCGGACAUGAUCUACAACGUGAGCUGGAACAGAAACGGGAGUCUCAUAUGCACGGCUUCCAAAGACAAAAAAGUGAGAGUGAUCGACCCCCGCAAGCAGGAGAUCGUGGCUGAGAAGGAAAAGGCCCACGAAGGAGCCCGGCCCAUGAGAGCCAUCUUCCUGGCGGACGGCAACGUCUUCACCACCGGUUUCAGCCGCAUGAGUGAGCGGCAGCUGGCUCUCUGGAACCCGAAAAACAUGCAGGAGCCCAUUGCCCUUCAUGAAAUGGACACCAGCAACGGCGUCCUGCUGCCCUUCUACGACCCUGAUACCAGCAUCAUCUACUUGUGUGGGAAGGGAGACAGCAGCAUCCGCUACUUCGAGAUCACGGAUGAAUCCCCCUACGUCCACUACCUCAACACUUUCAGCAGCAAAGAGCCCCAGAGGGGCAUGGGCUACAUGCCCAAGAGAGGGCUCGACGUCAACAAAUGUGAGAUUGCCAGAUUCUUCAAACUCCAUGAGAGGAAGUGUGAGCCCAUCAUCAUGACUGUUCCCAGGAAGUCCGACCUUUUCCAGGAUGACCUGUACCCAGACACGGCGGGACCGGAGGCCUCUCUGGAGGCGGAGGAGUGGUUUGAGGGCAAGAAUGCCGACCCGCUCCUCAUUUCCCUGAAACACGGCUACGUUCCUGGCAAGAACCGCGACCUCAAGGUGGUCAAGAAGAACUUGCUGGACAACAAGCCCGCGGUCAACAAAAAGGGGGGCCUGAUAGGCCCUGCCAAGGGAAUGGCCGACGGCGUCGGGGCCAUGCAAAACGAAGCCAAGUUGGAUGAGAUCCUGAAGGAGAUCAAGUCCAUCAAAGACACGAUCUGCAAUCAAGACGAGCGCAUUUCCAAGUUGGAGCAGCAGAUGGCGAAGAUAGCCGCGUGAAGGCCCGAGAGUCGGGAAAGGGGGCGGGAGGCGUGGGAGGCCGCCAGCCAUCGGUCACCUUCCCCCGCGCACCAGGGAUCCGCCAUUUAAAAAGGGGAGCUUUUUAUCAAAAGCCUUUCUGAUGUUUUAAGUGUUCCGUGACUGUUUGUUGAACUUUAAAGAAACAAAAAAAAAAAGUGCUACUUUUAAAGUUCCAGAUAUUCUGAAUUUUGGAAACCAAACCAUUCAGAUUCAGUGUUGUGCCCGGCCUCUUUUUAGCAUUAUCGUUGUCGUUGUCGUUGCAGAAUAGGGACCAAUGGAUGCCACGUCGCUCUUUAGAGUUUGUUUUUUUAAACUUGCCAAAACCAAAAGUAGCUUUUUUCCCUCUGUAUUUUGCUACUUUGCAGUAUUUGUGUGUGUGUAUUUUUCCUUAAUUUGAAAGGGACAGCACUGUGUAUGUUUAUAAAAUGAAGAUAAAAUAUUAUUUUAUAUAAACAUUCAUCUUAGAACAAUCAGAGCAGUAGCCACUUUGUGCUGCCUCGUCUGUGGCACGAAGGGAGUCGGGGAAGGACUUGGCGAAAGGAAGCCGGGAGCAGUGCCGGGAGCAGUCCCGAGGGCGGCCUGGCCCGCCCUCCCGGCCUCCCCUCUGGGCUCCCGGGACGGGCCUCUUCUCGUUGCCCUCGGGGGAAGCCGGCCGGUCCCCCUUCUCCUCCUCCCUCCUGCUGUAGACGCGGGGCCGGGGGUCCCAGGCCUUGGGCUCUCGGCUCUGCCCAGACUGGCGCAGGUGCUGGCAUCUUGAGCGUUUCUUACUUGAAGCAUCAUGUUUUCAGGUUCGGGGCUAGUGCCCGGCAGGCGUGGGCGCCCCAGGACAGACGUGGGUGAGCGGCGAGUGCCGCCUGCCCAGCGCUUGGGCACCAACCGCAUGAAACUCCAAGGGGAGCAUGGAUCCUGUAGGCUUGACUUUUCUGUUGUUCGCUGUCUUGCUCUGAUGACGUGCCAGAGGGAAUUGUCUUUCCACUAACCGAGCGCCCUUCCCUUUGCUAAGUCCACACAUACAAGUUACUGUACUCAGGGCCCCCUCCCCCUGCAUUUUGUUCUCCCUCCCCCUAUUUCAAACAGACUUCCCAUUAAGCUUCUGAGAUCCGUGGAGAUGGUGCUUGAUGCAUGUCGGAGCGAGUGGUCUGUGACACGAGUGAGAAAGUGGCUGCGCCCGGUGGGGCCCCUCCUGCCCUUCCCGCCCCCAGCCCCGCAUGCCUGCAUGAGCCGGCACACUCAGCCUUUCCGGGGGGCGAGCUCAGGGCAGCGGGGACCGGCCGCGUUCAUCUGUCUCAUAGCGUGGGGAGCCGGGCUUCUGCGGAAGGACUGAGUGUCUCAGGUCGGGCCUGGAAAGUCUGCUGGUGGGACGGCAAAGGGAGCUUCGGGGGCGCUGGCGGGGUGGGGGCCGUGGGGACGGGCCGGGGCAUCGUCCCCCGGUGUACGGAAGUGGCUGAUGAGGCGUGUGACAGGGAAGCAGUCCGUGGAGCGACUGGGGUGCGGAGAGGUGCGUGCUGGGCCGGGCCUGGUCAGCCUGGGGCCCGGCGCUCGAGGGAACGUGGUUCUGAGGUGCGAAGAGGGCAAGGAAAAGUCACUCUGAUUUUCAUUUGUUGCUUGUGUCUUAUUUAAGUGAAUGGAUGCCUAACUAGGCACAAACAGUCAGUGCCUGAAGCCGGGGGGGCGGGAGGGGAGUGCGCGGGGAUGGCUGGUUGUUUGUUUUCUUAAGUUGUGAUAGCCCAGAGGAGAACCAGUGAAUUAUUCCACGAUCGGCUCUUAUAGAGCGGCCAUAGUAUUCUGUCAAAAUAUUUGCUUCCAUUUUCAACGAUAAAAUCAUUGAUUACAAAA